UCAAGGAUAUGAUACGAUGUGCAUGGGUGUGCACACAUGUUGUCGGGGGGAAGAUCUGAUGGCUGAAUUUUAUAAUCUUAAGAAUUUAUUGAUAUGAGCAGACAUCAAAGACUUGAAGUGAAAUUCAUUCAGCCUUAUGUAUGUAAGGAGCCAUGGAAAAAUAUAAACAGAAAUUUUGUAAACAAUCAAAGAAUACAGAAUUUGGUAGAGGAGAAACAAACAUUUACAAUAAUACUACAUAGACUAUGAUAAGUGUUAUGUAAAUAUUGAUCACAGACUAGAUUCCCCAGUGAUUGUUAACUGCCUGAGUGUUCAGAUCUCCACUCAUAAGCUACUAUAAUAUUCAAGAAAUUAUAACACGUCAUAUAUCCACAUUAAUCUGCUGGACAGCCUUUUGCAUCAUUAUGUGAUAGAAAAAAAAAACCCUAUCCUGGCAAUCUGAUUCCUUAUUUUCUUGGUUUGGGAAAUGUACUUAUAAUACACGUAAGCACAAAGGUCAUUAGCAAGUAGCUACUAGUUAUCGAGUAGCUGCAUUUUGCUAGGCCUUUUCUGUAUGUCAUUUAAUCCUUGUAAUAACAAACUUGUUAAUUGGAUGUUGUCCCCAUUUGACUAAUAAGGCAACUGAGAUUCGGAAUGGGGAGAAGAGUUUGCCUGCUGUUAGUGGCCAGUGAGGUGUGACAAGGCUGCAGUCCCAGGCUGGGACUCCAGAGCCAGUGCUCUUCCUGUCGCCUUCUGGUGUCAGCAUGGGGCCUUAGCAUGGGAAUGUCCAGAUGAAGAAACCAAUCUUGCUUCUGUGGACUUGGGAAAAGUGCAAAGUGUUCUAGAGGAAGAACUGUACUUUUCCAAGAUCAGUGACUAUCAUCUGUUUUACAAGAUGAGUAACAGCCACCCUCUUCGCCCCUUUACUGCAGUAGGGGAAAUUGAUCAUGUGCACAUUUUGUCUGAACAUGUUGGUGCCUUGCUGAUUGGAGAAGAAUAUGGAGAUGUCACAUUUGUUGUGGAAAAGAAACGUUUUCCUGCCCACAGGGUAAUUUUAGCAGCGAGGUGCCAAUAUUUUCGAGCAUUACUGUAUGGUGGAAUGCGGGAAUCUCAGCCCGAAGCAGAAAUCCCUCUCCAAGACACCACUGCAGAAGCCUUCACGAUGCUACUUAAAUACAUCUACACUGGCCGGGCGACACUGACUGACGAGAAGGAGGAGGUGCUACUGGACUUCCUGAGCCUGGCUCAUAAAUAUGGAUUUCCAGAGCUGGAGGAUUCUACCUCUGAGUACCUCUGCACCAUUCUUAACAUUCAGAAUGUCUGUAUGACUUUUGAUGUUGCCAGCCUCUACUCGCUCCCCAAGUUAACCUGCAUGUGCUGCAUGUUUAUGGACAGAAAUGCGCAGGAGGUGCUCUCAAGUGAAGGCUUCCUCUCCCUUUCUAAGACAGCACUUUUACACAUCGUAUUAAGAGAUUCAUUUGCAGCUCCUGAAAAAGAUAUUUUCCUAGCUUUGUUAAACUGGUGUAAGCACAAUUCAAAGGAGAAUCAUGCUGAAAUCAUGCAGGCUGUGCGUUUACCUCUGAUGAGCCUCACUGAACUCCUGAACGUUGUGAGGCCUUCGGGGCUGUUAUCUCCCGAUGCCAUUCUGGAUGCUAUUAAAGUUCGAUCAGAGAGCCGGGAUAUGGACCUCAAUUACAGAGGCAUGCUCAUACCGGAAGAAAACAUUGCGACUAUGAAGUAUGGAGCCCAAGUUGUGAAAGGGGAGCUGAAAUCUGCCUUACUAGAUGGUGAUACUCAAAAUUAUGAUUUGGACCAUGGGUUUUCUAGGCAUCCAAUUGAUGACGACUGCCGUUCUGGCAUCGAGAUUAAACUAGGUCAGCCAUCCAUUAUCAACCACAUACGGAUACUCCUGUGGGACCGAGAUAGCCGGUCUUAUUCAUACUUCAUUGAAGUGUCGAUGGAUGAACUUGAUUGGAUCAGAGUGAUUGAUCAUUCACAAUAUCUGUGUCGGUCUUGGCAAAAGCUAUAUUUCCCAGCCCGUGUCUGCAGGUACAUUCGAAUAGUUGGGACUCAUAACACAGUGAACAAGAUUUUUCACAUUGUGGCUUUUGAAUGUAUGUUUACAAACAAAACCUUCACUCUCGAGAAGGGCCUGAUAGUUCCCAUGGAGAAUGUUGCAACAAUUGCUGAUUGUGCCAGUGUGAUUGAAGGAGUCAGUCGGAGCCGAAAUGCCUUGCUGAAUGGGGACACCAAGAAUUAUGAUUGGGAUUCUGGCUAUACGUGUCAUCAACUAGGAAGUGGUGCCAUCGUGGUUCAGCUAGCACAGCCAUACAUGAUUGGGUCAAUACGGUUAUUACUUUGGGACUGUGACGAUCGAAGCUAUAGCUACUACGUUGAGGUUUCCACCAACCAGCAACAGUGGACCAUGGUGGCUGACAGAACUAAGGUCUCCUGCAAGUCCUGGCAAUCAGUCAGUUUUGAAAGACAGCCCGCCUCCUUCAUCCGAAUCGUUGGAACACACAACACAGCAAAUGAGGUGUUCCACUGUGUCCACUUUGAGUGUCCGGAGCAGCAGAGCAGCCAGAAGGAGGAAAACAGCGAGGAAUCGGGGCCAGGGGACAGCAGCGCGGCCAGCCAGCAGCUCGACCCCCAUGCCCUGCAGGCCCCCAGCGCCAGUUCACUGCCCUCCAGCCCGGGCCCCAACGCUCGCUCAUCCAACCGGCAGCUCCAAUAAAGGAGGCAUGACAUGGAGUGACUUGGUGGGCCCAGAUGGCAGCAAAACUGGUGUUCCCCCCACCCCCACCCCCGCCCCAGAGAGGAGCAGACCUGGCUGCAGGAACAGACACAGAACAGGUUUCUCCCAAGGGCAGGAAGAGGCCGCCUUGUUCUCCUCAAUUUGUCCAAAUCAGACUGGUCUCCAGGGGGAGAAAAUGGGUCUUCAAUCUUCAUCAAGUCCCCCAUUACCACCCUACCUCUCUAAUCUAAUCCAGGCCAGGGAACAGAAGGAAGUAAUAGACAGGCCCGUGUCGGAAUACAAAACUGGCUGUGAACACUCGAGUGGAAGAGAAUAUAUGAGGCUUUUAUUUCCUGGAGGCACCCUUUUAGGAAGUGGGUUUCUGUAGUGUGUACUUUUAUGGAACACAUCGCCCUGGCAACUAAUUUUUAUUUCUUUUAGUUUUUCUCCAUUUGCUGAAUCAUAGGUGUUCCAGAUUUUUUUGAAAUGCUCAGACAGCAAAUCACUUGUUUGAAUCCCUUUGAUGCUGUAAUUUUCCUUCCUUGGUUUUGAAUGGUUAAGUCGGGGGUAGAACCGAGAAACAUCAUGUGCUCUCCUACACAAGGCCCUGAUGCGGCUCAGCGUGACCCCUGGGCUGACACGGAAACCCUUUGAGGAAGUUCAACAAAAUACACAAUGAGCAAAUCAACCCAUGGACGCCGGAGUGGAUAAUCACUCAAACUGCUGGGUCAUUAACCUGUCAUUUCUGAAAUGUACCCAGCCUUCAAGCCUAGGAGGCUGACAAGGAAAUCGUUAUUAGCCACCUGCUAAUUUAAUGUUCAGAAGCACGUGUGUGUAAGUCUGUACCAACUUCCGGUUGGGUUGGCCCUGUCCUCCAAUCGCCACACUUUGGCCACAUCCGGCCGGCGGCCCUCCUGGCAGCCGGCGCCCUGCAGUCCUUCUUUUCAGCCAGGUGUGCUGUUUGUUCCCCAGACCACAACGCUCGACCAGGAUUGAAGAAAAGAAGCAGCUCCAAGAUGCUUUCCUCCGCGUCCUCACUGAAACAGCCUCAGUCUCUCCUAGUUUCGUCUGCUACUGUGUGUCUUCCUUAGUACUCUCCAUUCCGUGGAGAGCUGUGAACUCCACCCGACUGGGGUCUGCUGCUGGCCUGUCUGCAGAGUUCUCCCAGGGCUGGCUGUCCCUGUCAGCUCCACCCGCAAGGUCCUCGGUACCACCUAGGACCCCGCCUAUGAGGGGGGGGGGCGCUGACGGGGCUCCCUUCUGGCGUCUGCAGGACACAUUGGCUGUGGGUGUGCAAAGAGCAAUGGGUCGAUGACCUGUUUUCUCCUAGUCGAACUCAGUUCUGCGUGACUGGUGGGGACUACACAAGUAGCAGCACCAACUGCAGUGUUCUGGGGGAAGGCUGGCUGGCUGGCUGCUUGCUGUGUGAGCAGACCUGGAGGAGCCGCUGGACCGGCAGCUCUCCCUCCCACCCAGGGCCCCAUGGCCCCCUCUGAUCUGUCCACUUCCCCUGUGUGGGGUGAGCGGAACCCCUGAGGGGCGCCCUGUGCUUGGUAAUGGGAGGGAGCAGGCUUCUGUGACCAGCCGCGCCACCACCUGCUUGCAGUGGGGACCGCCCUCUGGGCUUGGCCUCCGCCUGCCUCGGUCAGCACCUGCACGCGGCGAGGGACACGGGCAGCCAGACAAGGAAGAGCGAAGGCCUAGUGGGAGUGUUUUGAAAGUGGCAUCUGUUGACGAGCUUCUUUUUAAACUCCGAAGUCACCUGUCCAGAGGGGAGCCCCGGGCCCAGAGGCCGCACUGAGGACCCAGGGAUUGGGGGGUGGAGGUGGGGGCGCUAAUGAAGGAUCUGGAAGAGAUGACUGACGCUCUGUCUCCAGACCUGUCAGUGCCACUGCCAGCAGCACACCUGGCCAUCCCAGGCCCAGGUAACUCAGCUUCACACCUGAAGGGGCGCAGAUGAGACUGUGUGCGAAGCUUCAGCACUAGACCCACACAGUGUCCUUCCCGCCAGAGCUCGUCUCCUCCCUCCUGCCUCCUAGGACUUUCCUUUGGUGCUUGCACCUGCCAGGUACUUGCCCUCGGUCUGUCUUGAGAGAAGAGAGCUUGGCCCCCCUCUCCUCCAGCACUUCAGAUGCUCAUAUUAUUAGAUGAAGGGAAGGGAGGAGAAACCGAGGCAGUGCUGACGACACGGGAGCAGGGAGGCCUGGGGCGGCUCUGGCCCGCGGUACCGCCUCCAUCCUCCCUCAGGCCUGGCAAAGCCUGCUCUGGUCGGCCUCCCGGUACCAGGCUGGGGCGCUCCCUUCCUCAUGGGCCUUCUGAUUCGGGGAGCAUGAGGGGCUCUGUCUGUUUGCUGGGAUGGGCCAUGGCCUUCCUGAGGGGGCCAGAGACCCCACUCCACGUGUGUCGAACAAGACACGCCCAGACCAAGGCCUGGAUCGCCAGGGAAGGAGGGGUGAGUGGGCAGCCGGGCGAAGCUCACAGAAGACUGGCGUUCUCUAGAGCCCUGGCUGUUCCCGUGGGGACUUCUCCCUGCGGCCAGCUCAACCCAAAUGACCUGAAUACUUGAAGAGACUAAGGUAGCUAACGGACAUGUGAGUGAGAAGAUGGCUGGCAUGCAGAUGGAAGGAUUCCCGGACACCCGCGGAGUGAGCCCAGCAGAGGGCAGAGCUGGUUCUGUGUGCUGGCAGCCGUGGGGUUUGAGCAGGAGACUCGGCCAAGCCCUGGGCAGGGCAGGGCUGGUGAGGGGUGAGGCUGGACCCUGGGCAGAGGUGGACAGAGCGGUGCUUGUGACUUCUGGCCCUUUAUUGUGACGCUUGUCAGUUACCAGCUAAAAUGACAACUUUGUAAGCACCACCCAGGUCAAGAAAUAGAACACUGCCAGAGCCCCCUGCCCUUCAUUUAAAAAAUCAUGAAAUGUUUUUUGAAGAGUAAAAAGCAAACUUCAUGAGAGCUUCUGGGUCAGCUUCUGGCAGCUCCUGGGACAACCGCUGAGUGGCACUGAGCACGCCAGGUGGGCACGUGCAGAAUGGGCUGGCAGCCCGUCAAAGCAGCCUUCAAGGCAGGGUUGCCGCUGACGAGCCAGGUGUAACAGUGUAACACGCGUGCACACAUACACACACACAGCUACCCUCACAAUCCCCGCACAGCCACCCCCACGCACAGCCACCCACAUGCACAAACACACAGUCUCAGUGCUUUUUCAGUUUUCUUCUGAUUUUAGUUAGCAACAUGAGCCCAUGAUGGAUGUGGGACUCUUUUCAAUUGCUCUUUAAAUUGUUGGUUUUUAAAUCUUAUUUAAUGACAAAUACAUUAAAAGUAUUUUAUUCCUAGAAGAGUUGGGGAAAAAAAAUUAUUUUCAGCAACAGUGGGAUGUGUUUGUUAGACCGAUUCCUUGGCAAAAAAGAAAAAAAGAAGAAAUGGAAUGAGUUUUGAAUUGUGCAAAAAAUUGCUCAACAGUUAUGUUGUUGCCCCAAUUGUCAAACUGCUGUGCAAACGGCUCCGACCCCGCCAAGCUUCACCUUUUUUUUAAUUUAGAAGAUAACAAAAUUGUAAUCACUUAUCCUUUCCAGAGACACAAGGAAAAAGGAAGGUAUAAUCUGUACUAAAAAGCAGAGCAUCCUGUGUGCUGAAGUCACUUGGUGAUAAAGGGGGAGCAUUCCCCAUUUCAGGCUUCAAUUAAGAUCCUCCCUUUGGACAGAGAAGAAAGGUGUCAAAGGGGAAAAGAAAAACUUGUCUUCUUCCACUUUUUUCUCGUUAUAAAGUGUUUGCUUUUCGGUGUUUUCCGUUUAAUGCUGCCUUGUGUGGGGGUGGCCGGUCCCCUGGAAGCAGCUACCGGGGUGGUGGGGGCACAGCGGCCGGCCGGGCUGAGGCUGCAGCAGGCACAGGCCACGCUCCGUUUAUUUUUGCGACCGCAGCCAUCAAUUCUGCGUGUUUGUCCUGACACCAGUUCCAGCAGGAGUCCAGUGCUCAUUAGUGGCCCUAGGAAUUUAAAAUGCAGUUUGUGGUCCUGUACCACCAUGGUUUUUAUUAUUAUAAUAUUAAAUUAGAAGUCCUCUGGUGCCUGGUGUUUGCUCAGGGGUUUCUGGAAGAGGGGAAAGGAAUGGUUGGGAGCAGGCUGGGCAACUCCUCCUCUAAGUGACCGGCCGGCCGUACCUGGGUACUGAGGCCCUGCUGUGACAGAAUGAAGGGUGUGGCUGGCGGGCUGACCAGCGUCCCCUGUGCUGCACCCAGGCUCCCUUCAAGGCUGUUGGGAGGAGAAGACGUGAUCCUGCUGGUUUCCAUCAGGCUGGCUGGAGCGGCCGUGCACGUUCUCCUGGCCGUGACCCCACGUCUGCAAACUAGGGAGCUGUGCAGGUGACCGCGAACUCCCCCACCAAACACCCCCCACGCCCCUCAGGCAGGACUUUGGAUGGAACUAACGUGGGCUGGGACCUGUCUCCAUGGCUGGAUGGGGAGCCAGAGGAGCCCCCCAACACACGUGUGUUCGAAAAUAGCUGGUCUAGCUCUUUUUAAAUCACUCAUUUAAGAUAAUUAUUAAAGUACCAAUGCUCGUGGACUAACAUUCCAGCCCAGCAGAAGGGGUGCGGUGCCCUCGCCCUGCUCCUUGUCCUGGGCCUGGCCUUGCACUCCGUCUGUGACUGACUCCCCGACAAGCCAGACUGAGGGGCCUCCCACCCCAUUGGCUGAGUUUGUUGUUUUUUCAGAACUGAACUACUCCCCCAGAGGCCCGCGGCCCAGAGACGCACAAUCAUCCACCUGUAAUUUGUGAUUAAUGUCUCCAGCAUUUACCAUUUGCAUCUGAGUAUUUAUAGCCCUGAGCAGGGAGGGCGAAGAGGAGGCUACACCUGUCUCCACUGUCGUUUCCUGCUCCACGGCGGCUGGGACAGCGGAAGAAUGCCACCUUCCAGAGCCGGCGGACAGCGGCUCCAUCCUACCUGCAGGGCGGCCCAGGCAGAGGCCUGGCCCCGGCGCAGAGUGGCAGCGCUGCCCAGAGAGGAAGGUUCGGAGGAGUGGGCAGCAAAUCUCAGGCCUCGGGGGGAUCUGGGCCCAUGAACGCCCUGGGAACAAUGUGACAUUGACUAUUGUGGUCUGUCCAUCUGCCACCAUAUAGUCUCCUGCUGCCCUGUGAGUCCCAGGGUUCGUGGCCCAAGACUGAGCGCUCCUGAGUAGCUGGGCUGGAUCAGCCUGUCCAAGGUCACCAGGCCCGUCCCAGGGGCAUGGACUCGAUUUGCCACCUGGGUGCUGGCAGAGGGCUGGGUCCCUGAUGGCUGCCCAUCGCUCCAGCUUCCCAGGUUUACUCCCAGUCCACCUGUACAAGCCCCUGGGGUCUGAGGCUCUGUGUGGGGGCUGGGGCAGUGCCCCAACUCCAGCUUCUAAGGAGGUGACCCUCACAGACCUGCCCCAGGCAAUAAGGUCUUCCUGGUCCGCCCAUUCAGCAGCCUCACCGUCGAUGGAGCAGGGCACUGGGUGAGCUCUGAGCCACUCACAGAAGAGGACAGCAGGGGGCGCAGUGAGUGCGGGCUGACGGGGGAGGGGGGGGACCUGGCCUCUCCCAGCCUCCCUCCCCCAGGGCGCAGCUCAGCUCUCAGAGCUCCCUUCCACAAGUGACCUGAGAGGCAGCGCUGCUCCAAGGAGCAGCCAGGAGUCUCCCAGUCCUGCUACCCUGAGCGCCAAGGUCCCAAGGCCACCCCCGGCCCCAGCAUCUGGAAAAGCGCGGAGUGAGACCGAAGGCCCAGCUUCUGGCUGGGAACGUGGAGAUGGGUGACAGGAGUGCCUCAGGGUGGGCAGCUUGGCCCGUGACCUGCUCUUGCCAAACGGUGUAUCCUGAAUUCACCAGAGAACGCGACCUCUGCGUUUGGGGUCUCUAGGUGCUGCCCCACUGCCCUUCCUGGGCCUCUGAGAUGUAGGAGGGUGGGGACCAUGUUGGGCCUGGGGUGAGGAUGGCUCUUCUAAGCCAUUUGUAAAGAAGGACUGUAGGAGCUUGUCCAAAAUUCUAAAGAAGCAUAAAGGGCAGUGUUGCUGUUUGGAACAUGUAUUAAUUGGUGGGCAGGUUGCGGCUUCUUCCUCAUUUUGUGGAACAACCUAAGUGAGCAAAUGUGCAAAUUGUGUGUGUUCAGAACAACCCCUGAGACUGCUGCUAUGGGUUUCCUCUUAGAAAUAAAGUGAUUAC